AUGGCGGAGUCCGCAUGGAAAACCACCACUACCAAAAGAGAGACCAACGAUAAUAUCACACCGGCACAUAGCCAGCACUGGCCACAUAAAUACCUACAGGUGCCUGCAAAGAACGCCUGCCGAGGUGGGCAAAGGACGGAGUCAUUAAUCCAUAGGUCUCUCUAUUAUGACCUUCUAAAUGACCCAGAGGUACAUGCCACCUACAAGGAGCUACUUGCAAGCUUUGGCUCAGGAAAAGGGCUGCAAAGUGCAUAUCGGGUUAUUUUAGAAAGAAAGCUCAGGAUACGUCAGGAUUUUGCUACUCAGAUGGAAAAGUACUAUGGAAACAAACCGAGAAUAUUAACAGGAAGCAGUCGGCUAGACCUGCAAGAAUCAAAUGAGUUUGUACAAAAGAAGACAGAUGGCAAAGUCGUGAAAUGUUUUAAAGAAAUGUCCCCAAGUAUCAGUAUCCUACUCCUUGGAGCUGCAUACUUUAAAGGUCAGUGGAUGCACAAAUUCAAUGCUUGGGAAACUGUCCAGAUUGAAUUCCACAUUGAUGAGCAGAACACUGUUACCAUUCCAAUGAUGACAGCCAAGAACAUCCCAGUGAGAUACGGCCUGGACUCUGAUUUUAACUGCAAGAUUGUACAGCUGCCAUUUAGUGGUGGAGUCAGCAUCAUGUUCUUCCUGCCCCUCACAGUCACCCAGAACCUCACUCAUAUUGAGGAAGGUCUUACAUCAGAGUUUGUUCAUGAUAUAGAUCGGGCACUGCAGCCUGUCACUAUUACUAUAAGCAUUCCUAAGUUAAAGGUGAACUACGAGGCGGAGUUUGGCAGCACACUGCAAGAAUCAAAGCUACAGUCGCUCUUCUCUACUCCUGAGGUCAACAAAAUCACCGCCAAGACAAUUAAGCUCACACAAGUAGUGCACAAAGCUGCGCUGGAGCUAAAUGAGGAUGGUGUAGCAAGCAUACCGCCAAUGGAAGGCCAAACUCGCCAUCACUUCCCCUUGGAAUACCACUUGGACCAUCCCUACCUGUUCGUUCUCUGUUCUGAUGACAACGGUGCUCUUCUUUUCAUUGGAAAAGUCUUAGACCCCAAAGGACUAGCUCGUAAAUAAUUUCAUAGCCCACGGUUUGCAAUUUGAUUGCUGCAAAACUGAAAUAUUUUAUGUAUUUUAGUUUUGUAGCAGUCAAGGGGGUUGAACAGGCAGUCAUUCAUACUCUUGAAACUCCUGAGACAUCCAGCCUCUCCCACACCAAAAAAAAAACAAGCCAAAAGGUGCACAUGCCUGCACCCAGAAACUUUUUAUGUUACUUAUUGUUUUCCCAAAUGAAUAUGAAUGGUUAUGAUAGUGACUAUAAGGAGUCUGUAGUAUAGGUAUCCAUUUUCA